CGACCUCCUCCCGGCUCUCCGCUUCGCCAGACGCUCAGCAUGGCCACCGUCGCCCCGCCUCGAGGCGACUUCUACGCCUUCUCGAACCCGUUCGCUCAAGGCGCACCCGUCCAGCCCGUCGUCUUCAGCAAGGGCAAGGGCUCCUCCGGCCAGCACCACCACCUCGAGCAGGACGACGGCCUCGCCAUCAACUACGAGCACCUCGACGACCGGCCGUCGUACCGUCCAGACGUGCAACUCGACCGGGACCAGACCGCCGCGCCGCACCACAAGCGCAUCUCGGACUCGCCGCAAACCCGCAUGGAGCGCGUCGACAGCUUGUUCGACGUCUACGCCGAACUGUACGCCGCCGACGACGCGAGCGAGCAGUACGUCGACGAGGAGGAGGCGCUCGGCGAGCUGCAGCGCGGCUCGAGCGGGUGGGGCGCACAGCCUCACGUCGUGCCCCAGUCGCCGCUCGAGGAGGAGGAGGGCGAGGGGGCGGCCGAGGACGACGAGCCGGCGCAGCCGUGGGACGAGCGCGGCAAGACGGGCCUGUACGGCGGCGGAGGACGCGGCGCCGACGAUCGCGAGACGGGCUGGGUCAGCGACUACACGUUCGCCCUGCUGGCGCCUGCCUCGGGUCAGGAGGAGGACUUGCGGUUCGACGCCGACGAGCCCGACCACGGCGACACGCAGCAGGGCCGCCAGUUCUCGUCGCGCUCGACCCAGGGCUUCCAUCCCGACGAUCAGCCACGCCGCGACUCGCUCGAGACGGCCCCGUCGUCCAAAGGCCCGGCGACGCCGCCAGAUGUCGGCAGCACCGCCACGGCUACGCCGGCUUCGGCGCGCGAGAACGUCCGUCCCUCCCACCCCUCAUCCUCCUUCUCGACGCCGCCCAUCCACACCGUCGACGCCGCCCGCAUCAAGAAGAGCAACCUGAGCCCGAGGAUCCCGACGCCGUCGGCGCCGAUGCAGGCCGGCCGCGUUGCGGGUCCGCUCGACCGCUCGGCGCGCCCGCGCCCAAAGGCGACCGGCUUCAAGUGGCCCGCUCGCGCCAAGAAGCCGCCCACGAUCUCGGCGCCCAUCCUGCCCGAGGGCUUCGUCGAGUCGCUCGGCAUGGAGACGUUCCCGCUGUACCCGGGCGCCAAGGUGCCGCACCGCGCGAGCAUCUCGGCCUCGGCGGACAAGACGCGCACGUCGCUGCGCGAGGCGACGUCGCCCAACCCGCAGCAGCAGCAGCAGCGCGCCGCGCCGACGAGGAAGGCGGCACCGCCCGUCUCGCGCACGCCGCCUCGAGCCGUCCCCGCACCCGCAGCAGAGCACGAGCGGGGCAGCAGCACGCUCGUCCGCGCCGCCUCGACCUCGCCGCCGCCGCCUCGCCUGGACGCCGUCCGCGAGGAAGGCGACGCGCUGUCGGCGAGCGAGACGGCGACCGUCAAGCGCGCCCAGCACGAGCGCUCGGCGUCGAACAUGACGGCGGGCAGCGGGUUCCGCGACCCGUGGUCGGCGGCGCCGGCGAGCGUCGGCUCGAGCUCGUCGGUGCACUCGCAGCAGACGAGGAGGGUGCACCGGGGCAGCUCGUACCAGGGCGGCAGCGCUCGCGCCUCGGUCGCGAGCACCGUCGGCGGCUUCGACCCGCGUCACUUUGGCUCGGCGGCGCCUGUCCCGGUCCCGCACCAGUACUCGCCCGUCGACGCGUCGUCCGGCUCGCCUGGUCCGACGUCCCCCGUCAUGCCCGGCGUUCGCCACGACUCGCUCUCGUCGCACUACUCGGAGGUGUCCGAGGCGCAGGAGCACCCCGCCAUCCUCGCCUCGUCGGCCGCGCCGUCCGACGCCUUCCGCCAGGACUUUACGCCGUUCAGCACGACGGCGCACCUGCGCGGCGCGAGCGCAGCAACGCUCGGCUCGACGACGCGCGGCGCUCGACCGUUCACGCCGACGCGGCCGCUCAACGUCCAUCGGCGCACGUCGAGCACGAUCCACCCCGGCGCCGGCGGCUCAGGCGACGAGUCGAAGCGGAGCACGCUCGCCGGCGACGUCGUCUGGGGCGGCGUCGGCGUCGGCGGGCCGAGGGACGUCUCGACGCCCGUCCAGAGCAGCUCCGGGUCGCCGUUCGCUCGCGCAGCGUCGCCGUUCGCGCAGCACGCGCCGACGAUCGGUACGACGGGCUUCAGGAACCCGUUCGGCUGAGGGAGGGAAUGCGGUGUCGCGAGGCGGUCGAGCUGGAUCGGUCGGGAGAAGUCGGGGUCGCUGGACGACCAGAGCCUGAAGGGCACCAUCUACAGCUGUAUCUCUUCCGUGCCUUGUAUCCGCAACGAGCAUGUUUCAUUCUCUUUC